CGGAUGUUAAUAUAUCACCAGUGAGUCUGCAGCCUGACCUUUGACUCCCAAGCUUCUGCAUUAGAGUCGAGCAGCAGGGUUAAAGCAGAGAUGGGCUCUGAGCAGAAUUCCCAAAGAGAAAACAUCAUGACUGAAACGGCGCACACAGCCAGGACUCUUCCUGCGACGGACCACACUGCCGUCAGAACCGGGCUGCCUUCCAGAACAAGAGAAACACCCGGUGAUGCUCUGUCCCGUUUCCAUGGCGACGGGGUUCGCUACAAGGCCAAGUUGAUUGGCAUAGACCAGGUUCCUGUCGCACAAGGGGAGAAGAUGUGCUUUGACUCCAUGAUGAAACUAAAGGGUUGUGAGGCAGCAGCACGGAAACAGGGGAAGCACAAGCUGAGAAUUUGGCUCAAAGUUUCCUCCAGUGGUUUGAGAAUCUUGGAUGAAAGAACGGGGAUUGUUAUUUAUGAACACGACAGGAAGGGAAUUAGCUCUCUGACAAAAGAUGAGUCCGACCCCAGAGCUCUGGCCUACAUCUACCAACACCAGGAUGCGUACGAGCUGUUUUACAUCAAGAUGGCCAACCAGGCCGAUCCGGUUCUUAUUGACAUUAAAGAGGUUUGCCAGAGAGAGGAGCCGGAGGCCUUGGGUGAAUCUACAGAAACCCAGAAUGUUUCUUUAGUUGCUCUGAAUGACAGUCUGUCUACUCCAUCUGAGAAGCCACUGGUUACAGUUCAGGGAGCAGCUCCUGAAGAUGUGUUCAGUCCACGACCAGAGUCCUCACCAAGGCAAACAAACCAGGUUUCAGCCGGUAACGAGCUGAUGGAAGUGUUUUUACCUCAGCUGGAAGAGCCUCUGGCUCUGGCCCAGAGCUCCUGCACCAGUCAGCCAGAGUCUCCUCGGCAAACUCUCUCCACGGCUCAGAUUCUCUCCAUGUUCCCCAUGCAGCCAGUAGGGGGCUCUCCAUACAACUCUCCCCCAUUCUCUCCCACCACGGUGCCCUGGGGUCAACAGGGACCUCUGGGAAGCCAGUGGGCAGGUCACUGGCUCACCACUCCAGCUACACCUGCUUGGGUGCCACCAGGUGUCACAGCGCCCCCUGCAGGAAGCCAGCUGCUGACAUACAGCAUGAUGAGCCCCCAGCCUGGUUUCAUAAUGGGUGGGGGCACAGCUCCAGCUCCUAAUGAAAACUCUAACCCUUUAAUGUCCCUCUCUUCACCCACUAGAGCUACGGGGGCACAAGGAUCUCCUACCUCUAACAACUCGCACCUGGGAUGAAUGGACUGUUGAUGUUGGUUUGACUUAGGGUAUUUUAUCUCCAAUGAAAACAUAAAAAAACUGUUUCUGUUAUUUUAUCUGACUUGAUCCAAAGAGUUUUAUAUAAAGGCAACUAGACUUCUUUGGUUUCUUGAAGCCUUUUUGCCUCCCAUCUGAGGAGCUUUGUCAAUUCUGGCUGGAAUAUAGGAGGGUCAAGCUUAUAAAAUGUAAAUGGCCUGUACCUGAUUUAGAGCCUUCUAGAGUCCUGGAACCACCCAAGGUACUUUGUAAUCACUCAUUCACACACACAUUCACACCCUGGUGGUGAUGAGUAGCCACAGCUGUCCUGGGGCACACUGACAGAGGCGAGUCUGCCGUUGAUUUGAUAUGUAUAUAUAUACCGUAAAUCCUCUAAUACAGGCCCGGGCCUGUAUUUGACUCAAGCUCAUCAAGCUCCAGGCCUUUAUUGGAAGAAGGACCAGAAUUAGAGGCAGGCCUCAAUUUCUAUUUGAGCAAAAUGAACUAAUGGUUCGCUGGAGUUUUUGACAAUUAAAAUUGUGCCCACAUUUUCAAAGUUAAACACAUUUCUUUUAACAACGGUAGUUUCUGCUUCAGCCAUCUCCCGCCUCCCCCUGCGCAGUGGCCUCAGACUCACUGAUGCGCCUGCAGCCUCUCGGAGUUCCUGCUGGUCUAAACAUUAAAAUAAUUAUUUCAUUUUCUGUUCCUCA